ACCAAGAAACUAACAGUGGUCAAAUGAUGGGGAGAACUUGCAAGGGAAAGGGAAAGGGAAGUACUAGCUUGGUAGAUAUUGUGUUCUCUUGGACUUUUAGCGAUGCUCUCAACGAAAAUCUUUACAAAGACAAGGUGCCAAAGAUCCCAUUAUAUUUUUUGUCAGCAACAGAAUACAUGAAAUCCUUUAUUCCUUCACUGAUCGAGGAAACACACAGUGAUCUUUGUUCCAGCUUGAAGGGCAUUCAUCAAGCCCCUUCCUGUGAAAUCCUGACAUGUAAGAGGAUGAGUGAGGGCUUGCUCUAUCAAUUGACAAUUGAUAAGAUUCAUGAUGGAAGGUAUGGACCUGAAUUUGGGGAUCUUAUCGCCCUCACAGAUGAGAGGCCAAAAGGCAUUGAAGACUUGAACAAACCCGGAAGACUUUAUCAUAUUGCUUAUGUUCAAUGGUCAAAAGAGGGUCAGAUCACAAUACUCUCAUCAAAGAGCAUAGAGACUGAACAAGAUGUAAGGAGCAACAAUACACAAAUGCUGUAUGCCACCUAUCUCAUCAACUUGACAACCAACAUUCGUAUUUGGAAGGCCUUGAACUCACAACUGGAAGGUGCAAACUUGAAUGUUAUUGGAAAAAUUCUUCAAUCUGAAAUAUUGAUUGGAAAGAGCAAUCACAUUUGCCCUUCAGUAGAGCACCCUAACACAGACAUUUCUAUCAUAACAAGCAUAAUCAGAUCUCAGAAUCUGAAUGAAUGCCAGGAAAAUGCUAUAUUAAGUAGUGUUGCAAUGAGGAAAUGUCAUCACAUGUACAAUCACACUUUGAAACUAAUAUGGGGCCCUCCUGGAACUGGCAAAACAACGACAAUAGCAUCCAUGCUAUUUGUACUGCUCAAACUAAAAACCAGAAUAUUAACAUGUGCUCCCACCAAUGCUGCUGUUUUGGAAGUGGCAGCUCGCUUGCAUAGUUUAGUUAAAGAUCAACUUCAGUUUGAUGCCUAUGGGCUGGGUGACAUAGUUCUUUUUGGGAAUCGAUCUCGAAUGAAAGUUGAUGAUUAUUGGGGCCUUCCUGAUAUCUUUCUUGAUUAUCGUGUUGAUAUGCUUGAGCAUUGUCUUGAUCCACUGACUGGUUGGAAGCAUAACUUGGAAUCAAUGAUCAGUUUGCUUGAGAACCCUCAUGAGCAGUACCUUUUAUCUAAGUUUGAUGGGAAGUAUGAGGAGGUUAAUGAUCUCAUAUCAUUAGAAGAAUUUACUAAGCUUCAUUACAGCAGUAUAGAGAAAGCAUAUCUCUCAUACAAGCAGCUUGAAGAUAAAGAUGAUCAUAUGACCAUGGAGGAAUUUGUGAGGGUAAGAUAUAAUCAUGUUACUAAUCAAUACCUUUCUUAUAAAGAUGAAGUUCAAUGUAUAAAGAGGAGGUUCAGACUCAUCGGUGAGAAUCUCAAGUCCUGCAUGAAGACAUUAUACUCACAGUUACCAACUUCCCUUGUUCCAUUUGAGGUGGCAAAGAACAUGUGUAAAGCUAUUGACUUGCUACAAAACCUGCAAAGUUGUUUGCAUCGAAACGAGUUCAUAGAAUUUCCCAUAAAUAAUGUAGAGGGAAAAAGAAGUAAUUUCAUUCAACCAGAACUUCCAAAUGAGAAAAAGAGAUGGUGUUUAUUUCCCUUCUGUGCUGAGAAAAUUCAAAGCUUUCUUGAGCCCAUCCAACCUUGGCUUAUGCUUACAGAAACACAUAUGCCAAUAAAAGAUGUUACCUUUAGCUUUGGAAGGCUGAGCUUGGAAAGAGAUGAGUGCCUUAGGAUUCUUAGAUCACUUUCUUGGUCAAUUUAUCUUCCACAACUUAAAAACCGUCAUGAAAUAAUAGACUUUUGCUUGAAGAAGGCAUGCCUAAUUUUUUGUACAGCAUCAGGUUCCUCCAAAUUGUUCACUAAAGGAAUGACACCCGUGCCCUUUGUAGUUAUUGAUGAAGCAACUCAACUCAAAGAGUGUGAAUCAACCAUACCUUUACAACUUCCAGGUUCAAGACAUGCUAUUCUCAUUGGUGAUGAGAAGCAACUUCCUGCAAUGGUUAAGAGCAAGAUUUCUGAUGAAGCUGGAUUUGGAAGAAGCAUGUUUGAGAGGCUGGUAUUGUUAGGAUUCGAGAAGCAUCCCCUUAAAGUCCAGUAUAGAAUGCAUCCAUCUAUAAGCUUGUUCCCCAACAGGGAAUUCUAUGAAGGGCUACUUGUGGAUGGCGUGAAUGUCAGAGUUUCAAGCUAUAGUAAACGUUUCCUUGAAGGAAGAAUGUAUGGCUCCUAUUCUUUCAUAAACAUAGCCAAGGGGAAAGAGCAAUAUGGUUUUGGACACAGCUUGAAGAAUGUGGUAGAAGUUGCUGCUAUAUCAGAGAUUAUAAAAUGCCUUCAAAAAGUGUUUCUCAGAAACAGAAGGAAAAUCAGCAUAGGAGUGAUAUCUCCAUAUAAAGCUCAAGUCUAUGAAAUCCAAGAGAAAGUUAAUCAGUGCAAUUUGGUGUCAGAUGCUGAUUUCUCUGUGAGAGUUCGUUCUAUUGAUGGCUUUCAAGGUGGUGAAGAAGAUAUUAUAAUCAUCUCCACUGUCAGGUCUAAUGAGUUUGGAAAUGUGGGGUUCCUUUCUAAUAGACAGAGAGCAAACGUGGCUCUAACUCGUGCCAGACAUUGUCUUUGGAUAUUGGGGAAUGCAGAAACUCUUGAACAAAGUCGCUCAGUUUGGACAAAGCUAGUAAAUGAUGCCAAGCAAAGAGAUUGCUUUCAUAAUGCUGAUGAUGACCAGAACUUGGCUCGGGCCAUUAAAGAUGCCUUGCUUGAGCUUGAACUAGUUGACAAAUCAAAGUCAUCAUUUAAGUCACUCAGAAUAAGGGACUAGAUAGAGAAGUCAAAAACAGGUGCUGCAAGUUCUAGGUCCUAGCUCUAUCACUGAUCUGAUCUGCAUGAUGCUGAAAGCCUGUGAGAACCACCUCUGGUUCUCUUCAAUGCAUGUAGGUGCCGAGACUCAUCAGGAUAUGGCUCUCUUUAAAUAUUCUAGGGCAUAUUCUACAGACCCUUCUUCUACUUUCCUGUCUUCUGCUCUGUUCCUUUUCUCACUCUAGUUUGUUAAUUUCUCAAUCAUGCACACCUGGCAUUUUAUUCGUCUUAGCCUUUGAGCUUCCAUGAAGCUCCAACUUAACUACAUUAUUUUAAUCUUGGGCAAUAUCUGAUUUUUGUUGCUAA